AUGUAUGUUUUUCUUCCAAUAAUUUUCAUUUUGCCAUUCGGCAUUUUCGCUGAAUUCACUCCACAUUUUCGCAAAUUUUUGCAUGAUAGUUAUGGUUUGGCAAUAACUGAUCAAUUGGAAAGAACUGAUUUGGGAUUGGAUGCUUCGUUUGGUGGAAAGAAUUCGGAUUCGGAAGUUACACGAAAUCAGGCGGUUAUUUUGGUGCAUGGAAUUACGAAUAAGAUUACCAGAUUUGCGGUUUGUGAAUUUUUGGAGGGGAGAAGAGGUGCUUUGGUUUUAAAAAUUCUACAUUUUUUGAUAUUUUAGAAAGUGAAAUUCAAUUUUUCCGAAGUUCUAGAAUUGUUUAUUCAAAAAAAUUUUGUCGAUGUUUUUAAAAUAAAUUUUUUGAAUUCUAAUUCUAAACAUUUUUAAAGGCUCACAUUAUCAGAAGUUCAAUUUUUAGAUUUUUGCGAAUUUUCUGAACUUCAAGAUUCCAAGUAAAAAAAUAAAAACUUGAAAAUUUUAACGUGCCCCUAUUUUUCUUGCCUCAGUCAUCCAACAAUCCUUUCAAUCCCACAGGGCGCCGCCAAUUAUCUGAAAUCAAAAGGCUAUCAAAACUCCGAAGUAUACGGUACAACUUGGGGAGAUGCGGGAAGAACUCCAGUCGGAUUAGUUGAUAUGAAAUGUAGUUAUGUCAAACAACUUCGAGCAAUGAUAAUUGCAGUUCGACAAUAUACUGGAACUCAAGUUGAUGUAAUUGCUUAUUCAAUGGGUGCACCUUUGGCGAGAAAAGCUAUUUUGGGUGGACAAUGUGUUGAUACUCGAGAGAUAUUGGGACCACCAUUGACUGAAUUGAUUGAUACAUUUUUGUCGGUAGCUGGAGCGAAUUAUGGAAGUGCUUUAUGUAUUGUACCAGUGCCUGUUGGGACUUGUAAUCGGUAAGGAAACACGGGAAGAUUACUGUAGAGCUGGUCAUAAAUUUGGGAAACUUAUGUACAUUAGUUAUUCAAGUGUUCGACUGUUUCAAAAAUUCAUGUUUAAAUUGAUUUUUACAUGUGCAAAAAUUUCAUGUUUACUGUAAAUUCAGAAUUUUUCACUAUUUUUAAUCGGUUCCAUAAGUUUUUUUUUUAAAUACUAUAGUUUUUUUGUAAUUAGCUUGACUGUACAAUUUAAAAUUUUUAAUUGAUUGAAGAAAAUUCAGAAACUUUUCACUGUUUCACAUAUUUCUCUUGUAUUCAGUUUUUUUUUCAAAAAAUUUUGAAAUUAUGUUUUCUUGGAGUUAUAUUGAAUUUAUCUGAAAAUUUAUUUUUCAUGGGUUACUGUAACUUAUCAACUUCUGAAAAUUAUUCCAAAUUUUUUUAAUGACUUGAAAAAAAAACAAUAUUUUGCAGCCGAACCGGCCUCCACUGUGAUUCCUCGUUCCUCCAAGACAUCAACAAUCAACAAAAAUACGAAGGUUCCAAUGUUUUUUCGAUUUUCUCCACUGCAGAUGAGAAAAUCGGAUUCCGAUCUUGUGGAAGACCAAUUUCUCCAAUUCGCGGAGGAACUGGAUAUGUGAAAAAAGAUGGAUUGAAUCAUGAUCAAUUGAUGGAUUCAACUCUUCCGCUUCAACGAAAUUUUAUCACUUGGCACAGUCCAAGAAUUCCCAAACAUUUUGUAUAA